AUGGGAAUCCCGUGGACUCCUUCGGAGUUUGUGCAACGUGCUUCAGCUGCUGGACAUCCAAACAACAUUGUGGAUGGGGUUCCAGAUGCCCUGGCUACUGUCAUCCGAAAGAACUCCUCGAAGUCUCCAGCCACCUUGGGCCAGGAGAGGACAGCGAUGAUACGACGCUGGGUAUCAAGGGCCAACGACCUCCUUGACGACGAGACUGCUUUUAAGCAGGCACUUCCCUCGCAUUGCGGCCGUGUCCUUGCAAAGAACCGACUUCUGGUUUUUAAAGAGAUGCUACAUGCCAGCUCGCAUGGAGACACAUCGCUUGUUGGUCUUUAG